AUGCUUCCACCCUCUGUCCAUAGUCAGUAUGUCCGGUACAAGGAGAACACCACCUCCUUUGUCAACUGGCUUUUCGGACAGGCCAAGAAGGUCAUGAAAGCCGGAUCCCUUCCUUCCCAGUCCGCAGACCUAUCCUCCCAGCAUCUGCUCCCGAUGGCCCAAGCCUGCAAGAAGGCUUCCAUCAUUAUGCCUGCCAUGCAGCGCUCUUUCCUCGAACGAGCAGUCAGCCUUCGUCGCAAAGUCGGAGCACACUACGUUGCGGGUGGCUCGGCGGCUACCUCUGACGCCGACGACAGCCAUCGAUUCUUCACUGACUGUCUUCAACGCAUUCUCGACCUCUUUCCGGCACCUACGCCUGUCGCUCGUCCCGCUACCGACUCGGCGCCCAUCCCUGAUAUGGACGAAAGCUUCAUCAACCAGUUCAGCGUUCUCGAUGUCGAAGGACACGAUGACAUUCAUCCCGAAUCACUUGUCAAUGAGCCUGCCGAUGAGUGCCCCUCGCCUCCUCCGACACAGAGGCCUGCUGCUCGCGUGAGCAACCAGCUGCUCGACCUAGUCGACGAUCCCCGAAUCGAACUCUGGUGCUUGCUGAUUGAAAUUCGUGACAUCCGGCGCUACGUCAAGAGCAUCUGGUCGGAAUAUGUCGCUGGCAAGGUCGAUCUCGUCACCGCCAGCCUCGUCACGGAAGCAGCCUUCGAGUCCAUGGAGAUCAUGAACGAGAAUUUCUGCCAGCAGCACAGCCACCUCAACGGUCUGCGCCAGAUGAUCGGUUGCAUCACCAGUGGCUGGAAGUCGAAAUGGCCCCCACACCUUGUCGACAUCCGCUUGCUGAGAGAGGGGUUCUUCGUUGAGGCCAAGGACUCCAAUGGCAGGCGCUACAUGCUUCGCCUCGACAACACCCCAUUCAUCGACGAGGUGAUGGACUUGAUGCUCGCUCCGGAGUACAACAUGCUUCUUGAAUUGGCCAGAGACGACACCAGCCACCCCUGUAGUAAGCGGCGGUCUGCGUGUGACCUCGACUACCAACGCCUCCGACGGCUGGAGGCGGGUUCGAUGUGCCAUGAACAGUUCGGACACGUGUGGCGAGCGGAUCGCUUGAUGCGGUCCCUGGGGCAUGGACAGCGCGAAAAGCGCAUCCAUCUGAACGUGGCAGCCAUGGUCAAUGUCUACUUGGAUCUGAUGCGCAUGCCCGGGCUGCUCAAGAUGGUCGAAGAGGACUACGACCGCUUCGCAAAGAGGUACCCCCAAGACUACUACGGCAUCGACACGGGAGACUCUGAGUACCAAAUGUGGAACAAGCGCAACCUCGUCAAGUUCUUGGCCUGGAUGGACCCGGAUAACAACUUCGAGGGCAAGGAAUACUUCAAGAUCAACCCCAUGUUUGCCGGCCUCACCGUCUUCUUCUGCUGGGAACGAACACUCAACGCAUUGGUACAGACCGUGACCAACGGCUGGGCUUUGAUGCCGAUGGCCCACGCCUACAACUACGGACGCGUGGUGGGCACCAAGGUAGGGAAGUGGGAUGACAUGGAGACCAUCAUUACAAUGCAGGGACAGGAGAUCUUCACGUCUCAGCGGCCUACCGAUGGCCCGCAGUGCGAGACCCGGUACUGGCUGGCGAUGGGCGGGAAGCCUGGCCACAUCACCCAGCUGAGGAAGCAGAAGGCAUUCAUUUAUGACGAGAUGAAGGCUCUAUCGUUUCCUCGUCCGAUCGCCAGUUGCAAGGAGCUCCGAGAUGGCAAUCCCAUCGAGAACGAUCGUAUGAUACGAUUCCUCGCCCGGAGGAACAAACUCGGCUACCGACGAGAGCUCCAUCCGACUCCUAUCCUGUUCGGCGUCUUUGUCAACAACGAUCUCGCCCUCAAGCGCUUCACGAUCAACGACGGCAUUCUCCCUCCCAAGGUUGAAAAGCACGUCAAGAGCUGCCUCGAAGAUCUCGGAAAGCCGGCGCAGCAGAAGCUAUCGGUCCCGCAGUUCCUCGAUGGCCUGCUGGCAGUCGCCUGGUGCGAGAUUCCCAACAUCUUUUUCAACUACUUUGACUUCAACAGGUCUUGCCUCGACGCCCACGUCGCGCUCCACUAUAAGGUGACGGAUGACAUUCCUCACAAAUACGACGACCUCGACAAGAUCGAUUUAUUCUACAACGACGCCCUUCGCGAGUCGAUGGUGAAGAUGGCUGCCGAAAGCGGCGACGUGCAUCACCCUACGCAUUUCGCUGAGGACUGGAGGAAGUUUUGCAGGCUAGUCCGCUCUUUGGAGAUGAGAAUAUUCCCCCGAACGGAGUACGGCUGGGAGGAGAAGUACAAGGCUGCUAUCAAGGGCCGCAUGAGUGACUGGUUCAAAUGA